UGUAACUCGCGAUAUACAUAUAUAUUUCGUUCUUUCCUAUAUUUCUAUAGUUUUUGUUGAACAACUUUUAUGAACUUCUUGGAUAUCUAAAAUGCACUGCUAUAGGUUGUACCAAUGAGUCCUCAAGUUAAAAACUAAUUACAGUGAAACCUCUGUUGAUGAACAUCUCCGGUUUGAACAGAUGUUUCAGUCCCCCUCAUGGAUUUUUACUGUAAGUAGCCCUUCAUAAGAUGAACACCUUCCAACUAUGAACAAUGAGAGUGAAUAGUCCACGAUGAGUUAGCCGAUUCUAUUUGAGAGAAUAAUACAUAUUCCUAUCUUUGAUUGUGAAAUGGCGAUAAAACACACAUUAACGUUAUGUGAGAAAGUGCAAGUAAUUCCUAGAAAUGAAGAUAACGCUUCAUAGUGUACAGUUGCCGAAAAGUACAAAAUCUCGAUUGAUAGCAUAUCAAAUAUUAUCAAACGCAACAGAGAAUACAAAGAAAGUUAUGAAUACAGUAAGAAAUCAACAGCCCAAUGAAGAAGUUUAUGAAUGGUUGGUCAUUCAACAACAAGUCAAGUAAAUUCGUCAAUAACUUGGUGUAGCAGAUGCCGAUGAUUUUAAGACUAGUAACGGUUGACUUGAAAAGAUUAGAAUACGUCAUGGCAUACAAUAUCAAAUCGGACGUGGAGAAUGCGCAGUAAUGAACAUAGUAAUCGUUGAUGAAUGGCAAAAUCGACUUUCAUCAAUAAUUGAUUGAAUACGCGUAGUAAUUGAAAAAGAUACUUUUUGAUUUGGUAUUAAUCGAAAUAGAUUUUAAUAUAAAAGGUACAUAGUUAUUAUUUCUGAUAAUAUUAUAUUCAGAUUAGAUUCAAAAUAUUUAUAUUAGAGUAAAUUUAAAUUACAUGAGAUUUUAGCGUAUAAAUAGCGCAUUGUAUAGUUCUCUACUUUUGAUUUUUACAAUACUUUUAAAUAUUAUAAUUUAGAGUGAUAGCAAUAAUUGUUUGGCACCAUAUCAUGAAUCUCGACCAUAUGAUGCUCAUCCUGCGACUUAUUUACGUUUUUCAACAUUUACUCUUAUCUGUCCAAUUAAUGCGCAACCUGCACCUAUUAUUAUUUGGUCAACACCAUUUGGUAAUCUCACAACAAUAAAUUCAUCAAAUAUUGAUUUACUUUCAUCAGUCUAUGAUGAACCAAUCUAUACUACAUUAACAGCUUUAGCUGGUCCAUUAACUGCCCGUACACGACAUAUAUUACAUGCAUUCAAUACAAAUCAUUUAUCGGUAACACAAGCACGUGCUGGUUUACGACAUCAUAUUUCAUGUUCCGGUAUUAAUAUGCUUGGAAUAUAUACACAUGAAUUUGAUUUUGAUAUCAAUUCAUACGGACAAAAACGUGCUCUAUGGCAUCUUAUUUAUACAAUGGCAUUUGGAUUUUUUAUGGCACUUGUUGCUGGUGCACUUUGUGUAACAAUAAAACGAACCUCAUAUUAUUCAGCUGAUCAUUUACGAACACCACCAAUAUAUCCAACGAUGACACCUAAUAGUGCUUCACGUACACCACCAAAUUUUGAAUUAAAUCAAUGGUUAUCAUUAGCAGCAGCAAAUAUAAGUGGAACACUUGAACAAGUUCGUGAUAAACUUCGUUUAGGUGUACAACAAGUUAGUGAACAUAUGGGACAAACAAUGGGUCGAGCAUCAGAAUUAUUUACCUAUGGUGUACAACACGCUGGUGGAACUAUUCGACAAGCUGCUGAAAGCUCUGCUGCUUAUCUUCAUUCAAUUCGUGAAACUAGUCAACAUCGUUUAAAUACUAUGCGUGAUCAAACAUUAUCAUCGUUACGUAAUCCCGGUAAUUUAAUGCGUGCUGGUAUGAAUAUGUUAACAACACAAGUUAAUUCUUUACGUGAUUAUUGUGGUGUUACAACAGGUCAAGUAAUGACAACAAAUUAUUUAUUACAACAACAACAACUUCAUCAUUCACAAAAUUCACCUGGUACAGUGUCAUAUUUACAACGUAAUCAUAUAUCAACAAUAAUGGAAGAUGAUGAAUCUAAAAUGGAAUCAUCAUCAUUAAUUAAUCCUCUAGAUCAAACACCUUAUGCUGGAUAUAUACCAUCAAAUGUAUUAACGAAUACAUCCGGUAUUGGUCAACUUGAUGCAGCUGAUAAUUCUGUUCUAUUAGCAUUAAGUAAUUUUAAUCAAGAUUACAAUGAAAAUGUUAUAACACGAGGACAAAUGUCUGGUGGAAUUGGAACAUUUCAUGAUCAUAAUGAUGAACUUAUUAAUGAACCUGAAAGGUUAAUUAUGUAUGGUGAACAUCGUCCACAUUGUUAA